AUGUCGCCUAACUCUCGUCCCCCUUUAACCUCGCGCAUCAGAGCCAGCUUCGAAGGAAAACGUACCAAGUCCGAGGUGACCAGCCCAACCACGAAUGGCUUUGUCUCACAGGAUCCAGAGGCGUUUCGAAACGCUAUCGAUGCUGCCAUCAACAGCGAGUCCUUCCAGAAUGCCAUUGCUGCGAACUUGGCCCGAAUAAUAAAGCCUUCCAUCAAGGAUGCGCUCGAUACUCUGCAACCGCUGGUCGAAUCCGUCUAUUCCCACGAGGUGCUUCUGCGAAAGACAAACAAAAGCGUGGAAAACAUACUCUUGCGUAUUGAUACACAUAACACUCGAAAUGGCGGAGAAAUCACCCCUCGAACUCCACGAAGUCCGAGCAGCCCGACUGGGUCGGGAGAUUCGUCAGGUCUCCAAGAUAUCGAGCAGUUUAAAUCGUCGCUGGAGAAGAACAACAAGCGGAUGGUGACUGGUAUGGCUGAGCUUUCGCAUGCGGUGGAAAAUAACAACAAGAAAAUACAAGACGUAGUGGAAGGAAUUGGCAGUUUGCAGUCUACUUUAGCGCCCACCAAAGACAACCUCGAAUCCCUGAAGUCGCAUUCUGAGCAGUCGGUCACCACUACAGCUGUCGUACAGGCUCAGUUGGAUCAAUUGAAGUCUGAUCUGGGACUGGUCAUCGAAGCUGUUGGGUCAGAUCUUGGCAAAAAUGUUCACUAUCUCAAUCAACAAGUUGCAGACCAUCAUACUGUCGAUGCCAGUCAUAUAACCAAGCUCAACGACAUAUCCACAGAUAUAAUAGCUAUCAAGAGCCAAUCAGACAUGCGUGACAAGCUGGAAACCCUUUCAGCGGGGUUCACUUCAUUAAAAUCUGCCAUUGAGAAUGGUCUGACCACAAGUAACGAUAAUCUUGUAGCUCUCGGAUCUCAAAUCAAAAGCAUAUCAGAUGCCGUGGGAACUCACGGGGGCGUCCUUUUUGAGAUCAAAGCCCAGAGCGGAAUGCCAGAGCUCUUAGCUGCGGUUCAGCAAUCCAACGAAACACAUGCAUCUCAUGCUAGCUUGCUAGGCGAGAUCAAAGAAGCUUCCUUACGAUCGGCUUCGGAGCCAGCCAUAACUUCUUCUGGUGGAAACUCCGAGGAACUGGCUGCCUUACAAGCAUUGAGGUCUGAUCUCGCUGCCCUCGGAGGGAGUAUUGAAGUUGGCCUUUCGUCACACAGUCAGGAUCUCAGCGGUGUAGGCUCCAAAGUCGACAGCUUACUGUCGGUCGUUGAGACAUUUCGUAGUGCAGACCGGAGUGCUGAUAUACUUGCUGCUGUUCAGCAAUCAAACCAACACCAUACUUCACAUGCGGAGGCUCUCGUAGAUCUCAAAUCAAGAGCAGCUGACAGUCCAGCUUCAAAUGUGCCUACUUAUGACAUUGAUUUUGCAGCCUUGGAAGCUCAGGGCGCAGAGAUAUUGGCUGGAGUAGAGAAGUCGAAUGAAAACCACAUCUCCACCGCCAAAGCUUUAGAGGAGAUCAUCUCCACCAGUGCUGCGGCGUCCGCUGCGCCAAAUCCCUACGAGAAUCAUUUCGCAGAUUUAAAAGCAGGCAUCACUUCUGUUCAGGGUGCAUUGGCCUCCCAGUCCGGCAGUCUAGAAGAGAUAAAGAUGGCCAGUCUCUCUACCAGUCGGGAAAUCGUUCCUGUCGAAGCGAGUGGUCAGACUCCCGGAGACCUUCAGAUAGAAAUUGGCACUGUCAUCGAUAAGCUCGACAAACAGGCGGAGCUUCUGAACGAAUUAAAGGACGACGUGAGUGCUGAGAUACUCACUGCGUUGCAUGAUGUUGGCCAGGCUCAAGCAAGUCACAGUACACUUCUGGCGGAGAUAAGAGAAGCCGAUGUUAGCGACGAGAUCCUUACCGCUCUUCAUUCAUCAAUGGACGCUCAUUCCAGCCAUAGUGCAGAUUUGGAGGAACUCAAGACGAACAUAAUCAAUCCUGUUGAUGAGACGAAAGAUAAUAGUUCAGAAGUACUAGGAGCUCAAGUUUCCGCUCUUGCUCUUUCUUUGGAUGAACACAAGGUUAUUCUGACAGAUAUCAAGGAUGCUACGCAUGCCUCGAAUGGAUCUCACGCAGCUCAUGCCAUAGUACUGGAGGAGCUGAAGGCUGAUCAAUCACGCGAUGUGAAUAAUGCUGACAGUCUGCCCAGCCAAGAUGAUGCAGCCAUUGUGACACAUCUAACUUCGAUCAUGAAUACACUCGAAGCUCAAAAUCUAUCAUUAGCAAAAAUUGAAGAGCUGAACGCAAGUACGGAUGUUCUCACAGCUGUCACAGAAAGUCGCAAGACCAUCAUUUCGACCCAUGAUCUAUUAGAUUCUCAUACCACACUCCUCGAAACAAUACGUAACGGCCAAGCUCACGAAAUUAUCUUAAGCAAUGUGUCGGAAUUGAGAGCUGUGGCAGAUUCUUCGAAGUCCGGUAUAGAUUCACAAGCGGCUUUAGUCAGAGAAUUGCAGGAUGAGAUGAAGAACUCCCACUCCGCUCUUGCAACUUCCAUCAGCGCAUUGGCCUUUGGAGAGUCAUCUAGUCCAGCUGCUGCACAUAGCAACAAUGACAGGACGACGGAGGUUCUCGAAGAAGUGAAGGCUGUGCGAACUCUGGUUGAGACUUCAUCGGCCUCGAUCGAUACUACAAAGGACAUUGUGACCACGAUUGCGUCUCAGAUAGAGAUCAACCAUACUACAGUCACAACUAGUGUAACAACUCUGAGCGAUGAAUUAAAGGCAGAAAUGGAUGCGACUGGGACACAGCUUUCUGACAGCGUCGCUGCUCUAAGCGGCGACCUCCGAGCAAUCGACAUAAGCAUUGUGAAUGGUAGUCUCGCGCAAUGCUCUAGUGAGAUCAAAGACUUGACUAGAGAAAUCGGGGCUCUCAAUGAAAACGCCCAAACAACUGGUCAUGAUGUGGAAGCUCUCAGAUCCGGCGUUCACUUCAAUGAAAUGGGAAUUGAACAGUUGAAGGAGCACGCUGCCUCCAGUGUGAGUGGUGCCACCUUGUCCGAGGGCGCUUGGUUUAAGAAAUCCUCACCUACUCAGUCUUCAGCAAUGGAAGAUAAAUCAUACAACUUUUUGUCCCCAGUGCCCGAGGAACAAAGUCCAGCAAGAGAAGAGGCUCCUGAAAUUAUAUCUGAGAACGCCGAAAGUGCUCCGAAAGCCGAAUCGACAAUUACCGAAACUAUACCUGGUCCCAUCGACAGAGUGUCCUCUGAAUUCGACGAAGCCCCGACUGCAGAAUCUGCAACUGAGCUUCCAGCUAGUACCAAGGAGAACAAUACAUCGGUAGAACCUUCUCCUGUCCCUGAGAUCGACGAAGAUGCGACGAAGGGAGAAAGAGAUGUAAUCGAGGAUGAUCAAGACAUUCAAAGCGUCCAAAGCGUCCAACACUUACCGGUUGACGUGGUCGAAAACGAGGAAGCGCUACAGGCGACGGAUGAUAAUGAAAACCACGCCGACGUUCCUGGUCACCAAGCUCAUUCGAUCGACAUGAAUUCGCAAGCCGAAAUAGAAGCAGCUGUCGAGACCCAGAUGGAAGUCGAGGAAAAGUUACCUUCGGCCCAGCCCAUUUCUGAUGAAGACGACCCUUUUGAAGAAACGCCUGUAGAUGAUAUUAAAGACACAGCAGAUACUUCAGACACGCCAAAAUCCCCAGUCUCUUCUAUUUCAGGCGACAUCGGAAACGAGCCUGUGUUGGGAUCAAAAACUGACCAAGUGCCACUAGACGCAACUGAAGAGGAAUCCGAGUUGCCUGGGCAGCCGCUUUCAUCAGAAACGAUCACUAUAGCCGACGCCAAUCCAUCACAAGACGAAACACCUGCGGAUGAGCCUCCGAUGACUGAUACGAUGGCCGGCGAAGACACCGUGCGCCCUGGGUCUCCUGUAUCGUUACAGCCUAAUGUACCAGAUGCAGAUGAAGCUGAAUCUUUUGAUGUUGCUUCUCCGAACUCGCCUUCCUCCCCAACGGAAGCUGGUUUCGAAUCGGCAUCUGCGUCGACAAGUGCAUUCGCAUCGCCAAGCGGCCCUCUGUCUCCCCUCUCGCCGACAGGCAAGAAGGGGAAGAAGGGAAAGAAAGAGAAGAAAGAGAAGGCGCCGAAGAAAAAGAAGGAGAAGGUGCCAUUUACGAUGGAUGGAGACGAGCCUGAUGAAUAG